UAAUUGCGAGCAUCUGUGUCCAGGAGCUGACUGGAAGCUAACGAUACGUCGAGGUAGAACUGAUCAUUUUAAUAGCUGUGUUUUAAGGAGAAGGAAAAACAGCAGAAUACAUCAAAUUGAAGAACAUUUUUGAGAAAACUGAAAUAGCCUGACAACAACUAAUAGAACUAGUGGAAAAACAAACUCAAAUUGCUGGCUUUCUGCUACAGAAGUGGCAAAAAAUGGCGUUGUAAUAUAUUUGCCAUAAGAACAGAUUUUUGAAAACCUGUGUAUAAGAACUCAUUUGGCUUCACAAAAUAUGUUCUAAAUUUAGCCUUAAGUUGUGAAAACAAAGAGAAAAAAAACGACCAACUAUAAGUCCACUUACUAAAACUGCAUUAAAAACGAAAUUAUACGACAGAAAAUAUUGUUUCCAUCGAUACAAUUCAGAUUGAUCGAACUUCAAUUAUAACUGAAGUUUACUUGUCAAGCAACUUUAUAACAAUAAAGAAUCUUAAAGAGAUGGAAAUAUCAAAUGAAUAUCAUUUAUCUCCUCUGAAAGUGUUGCUGGCUUUCAGCUUUAUCUGUUUUGGGAAUUUGGCAAGUGGAGGCCCAUAUAAUUUUGCUGGGCAAAGUUACUUUGAAAAACUACCUGUAUCAAAAUGCUUCCCGAAUUUAAAACAGAGAGUAGUAAAACCGGUGGCAUCCAUAAUUGAAUGUGCAUCACAUUGUUUACAAAAGAAAUAUAGCUUCUUUAGCUAUUGCGAUGAGGAAUGUAAACUAUAUGAAAAGGAAAAGGGAGAGAUUAAGAUGGGAUCUGAAAGUUGCUCGUGUACCCUGUAUUUUAAGUUACAAAGUGACGGUCCAGAAAAUUAUGUGAAUAUAUUUGAAAUAGAAGGAGGUGGCUUUUUAAAAAAUCCGCUUUAUCUGUAUUGGGACAGUUUACCUAUUAAAGAGGUGAGAUUAAGUCUGAGAGACAAUUCCGGUGUUGUUCGACGUUUAUCUUUCAAUGGAACGGGGUCGAAUCUUUCAUCGUGGUUCCAGGAAGAUAAAGUUAUUUUUUCAGGCCAAUGGACAUUUCAGGGACAAGCAGAAUUCUUUUUCAAUAAUUAUUUCAGUCAACCUUGUUUUGAAAUUAAAGCGAAAUCUUCAACAUCAACGCUUUGGCUUCAGGUAUGCAAUAAUAUCAUGAAGUACUCAAAUGGAACGGCAGCUACAGCUUCCUCGAAAAUGGUACCAUUAACUAAAAUGAGAAUAAAUGUUCUGCUCAAGUAAAAUACAUCGUUCACGAAAUUUUGUAUCCGGACUGUUGCCAUAGUAACGAAACUAAAGCACGCAGUGUAAAGCCACUUGGCACAGAUUGACCUUGGACUCUGCUCUGUAGAUACACUAAGUUUUAACGUUCUAGCCCACUUCUGCUGUUUACAACAGUGCUUGGAAGGAACAUGUGUAGUGUGUGAUCGUCGUAUAGACCAUGACAAAGAAAGUUGAACAGAGAAUUUGCAUCAAAUUUUGCCAAAGGCUUGGCGAUACCUGCUCAGAGGCCAACGCAAAGCUUUCAUCAUUCUCUUAAAUAUACAGUUCUAUAUUUAAGAGAUGAGGAAAAUGUACAUUAUUUACAUUUGACGUAUAUUUGUCCUCAUCUUGUUUGUUGUUAAUACAACGUUUCGGCUGAUAUAUUCUACAGCCUUGAUCAGGUAUAUUGGGGACAUUUCGAACCUAAGAUAUUUUUCGAUGUUGUUGUUGUUAUUAUUAUUAUUAUUAUUCAGGUCACUGUCUGGAAUCGAACUCAAAAUCUUGGGGUUAGUAGCCCGCGCUCUUAACCACUACACCAUAUGCCCGUGUGCAAUUAUGGAGUGAAUUUUAUGGCUUAUAUAUCUAAUAUUCUCCUAUCGUUCUUUAAUACCGGUUCCCAUAUGUUACUUAUAUCUAUACUCGGUCUGCUUAGGAGGUUGUUGUGUCCUAGCAUAUUUGCUGCUUCUUUUUGUUUUCGUAUUUUCCAAUGGUAUUCUCUGUCUAAUAUUUUAACUUCAUCCCACGGGGAAGGGAGGUCACCAUUUUUAAGU